CUAGUCAUACAAAAAUGUUACCUCAUCAACUUCAUUUUGUAUCCUUGAUUGUUCUUUGCUUCACCACUCUUGCAUUUGGUGCCACUCGAUUACCAAACGAUGAAGUGGAGGCAUUACGUGAGAUAGCAAGAACGCUUGGGAAGACAACCUGGGACUUCAAUGCGGAUCCAUGUGGUCAGGAAGGGGGAUGGGCUAACAAGUAUCAAGAAAAAGGAUCUGAGAAUGCUGUCACCUGUGUCUGUAACAACACCGUCUGCCACGUCACUAGCAUUGUGCUCAAGGCCCAAAAUCUUCAAGGCAGUCUUCCUCCAGAGUUAACAAGGCUGCCUCAGCUGGAACAAAUUGACCUAACUCGCAAUUACCUCAGCGGUACAAUCCCAAAAGAAUGGGGUUCCAUGAAACUAGUCAAUAUCUCUCUUGGUGGGAACCCGUUAACAGGUUCCAUCCCAAUAGAAUUUGUAAACAUCUCCACUCUUAAAAGUUUAGUGGUUGAGUUUUGUCAUCUUUCUGGGUCUCUUCCUCCCGAGCUUGGAUCUUUGCCUGCCAUUGAAAGACUGUUUCUAAGCUCAAACAAUUUUACUGGGGAGUUGCCUGCAACUUUUGUUGAACUGACCUCAUUGAAGGACUUCCGAAUUAGUGAUAACCAAUUCACGGGGAAGAUACCUGAUUUUAUCCAGAAUUGGACGAAACUUGAAAGAUUGGUAAUACAGGGGAGUGGCUUGAGUGGGCCUAUCCCUUCGGGCAUCUCUCUUUUGAAAAAUAUAAUUGACUUGAGAAUCAGUGACUUGAGUGGAAAUGAUACGACUUUUCCAUCAUUGACCAGCAUGAAGGGCCUUAAUAUACUGAUAUUAAGUAGUUGCAAUAUAGUUGGACAGCUGCCUGACCAGCUUGGGGAGAUGACCAAUCUAAACACCUUAGACCUCAGCUUUAACAAACUUACUGGAGGAAUUCCGCCCAGCGUUGUUAGUCUAUCCCAGAUUGACGUUAUGUUUCUUACUGGGAAUGCUCUAACUGGGGCAGUGCCUGACUGGUUGCUGACAAAAAGCGCCAGAAUUGAUCUUUCAUAUAAUAAUUUUUCAGUUCAUGGAUCUUGUCAGCAUCAGAGUGUAAAUUUGUUCGGGAGCUCGUCAAUGGGAAAUGUUUCUGGAAUGGUUUCAUGUCUAAAGAGCUUUAGUUGUCCAAAAACAUUUGACUAUUUCCAUAUAAAUUGUGGGGGAGAUGAAGCGACUCUCAAUGGAAUUACAUAUGCGGAUGAUACUGAUGCCGCUUCAUCUGCAAGAUACUACCAAAGUAAAAGUAACUGGGCUUUCAGCAGCACCGGUGAAUUCACAGAUGAUGACCGAUCUCCAAAAUCUUAUACCUGGAAAAAUACGACUAAACUAACCGAGAACAUUCCGGAACUGUACACGGAAGCACGCCUUUCACCUCUCUCUCUAACUUAUUAUGGUUUCUGCCUUCGAAAGGGAAAGUACACUGUUGACCUCCACUUUGCAGAGAUCAUGUUUACAGCUGAAAAGGAAAAUAUAAGCGUCGGCAGGCGUAUAUUUGAUGUUUACAUUCAGGGAACACGGGUUUUGAAGGAUUUUAAUAUUGAGGAUGAAGCAGAUGGACUUGGUAAAGCAACUGUCAAAAACUUCCCUGCUGAAGUAAACAAUGAUACCAUGGAGAUCCGCUUUCACUGGGCUGGAAAAGGGACUACCGGUAUCCCUGUUAAAGGAGUUUACGGUCCUCUGAUAUCUGCAAUCUCUGUGACUCAUGUCGAUUAUAAACCUCCAUCAGAAGGAGGAAAGAGUGGUACGCCUAUAGGGAUUGUGGUUGGAAUCAUAGCUGCAGUAGCAUCUGUUGUCAUCCUAGUUCUGGCUAGCUUUUGGUGGAAGGGCUGUUUAAAACGUAAAGAUGCCGUUGGACUAGAUUUGAAGGGCCUAGAUUUACAAACUGGUUCAUUUACGCUGAGGCAAAUUAAAGCUGCCACAAAAAACUUUGAUGCAGCUAAUAAAAUUGGGGAAGGCGGUUUUGGCCCUGUUUACAAGGGUUUUCUCUCAGAUGGUGCUGUAAUUGCAGUAAAGCAGCUCUCUUCGAAGUCAAAGCAAGGAAAUCGGGAGUUUGUGAACGAGAUUGGGAUGAUCUCUGCUCUGCAACACCCUCAUCUUGUAAAGCUCUAUGGAUGCUGUAUUGAAGGAAAUCAACUGUUGCUGGUGUAUGAAUACAUGGAAAACAACAGCCUUGCUCGUGCUUUAUUUGAAGGCCCAGACGAAUAUCGGCUGAAAUUGAACUGGCCAACAAGACUCAAGAUCUGUAUCGGCAUAGCAAGAGGUUUGGCUUUCUUACAUGAAGAAUCAAGACUGAAGAUUGUUCAUCGAGACAUCAAAGCUACUAAUGUGUUGCUUGACAAGGAUCUAAAUCCUAAGAUAUCCGAUUUUGGUUUGGCAAAGCUCGAUGAGGAGGAUAAUACACACAUAAGCACCAGAAUUGCUGGCACCUACGGAUAUAUGGCUCCUGAAUAUGCAAUGCGGGGUUACCUAACUGACAAAGCAGAUGUGUAUAGUUUUGGGGUCGUUGCCUUGGAAAUUGUCAGUGGGAGGAGCAAUACCAGUUAUCUGCCAAAGGGGGAAUCUUUCUUUCUUCUUGAUUGGGCUCUUGUUCUAAAAGAGGAGGGAAAAUUACUGGAAUUAGUGGACCCGAGGUUGGGUUCGGAGUAUAAAAUAGAUGAAGUGAUGACAAUGAUUAAUGUGGCUUUUCUAUGCACAAAUUCCGCUCCAGCACUUAGACCGAGUAUGUCUACGAUUGUCAGCAUCCUUGGAGGUAAAUCUCAAGUUCCUGAGGUGGUUUCUGAUCAAAGCGGGUUGGUCGAUGAGACGAAGAUGAAGGCAACGAAGAUGUAUUUCAAAGACACAGCAGAAUACGGAAUUAGCGGAAGCCAGAGCAUGUCAAUUGAGGGUCCAUGGACGGCUUCUUCAUCUGCAGCUGAUCUAUAUCCAAUCAACUUGGAGUCUGAUUAUUUGAUGGAUAGAACUUAAGGAGACUAUCUGAAUGGGUUCGUUCAGCUACCCAUUACCUUAUAUCCUUGGUUAUUUGUUGUUCUAUACUUGAAGUGUAAGAUAAUAGUGUUUUUAUAGUGGAUAUACAGACCUUGAUUUUGGGAGUCUGAUUAGUCCCUCCUCCCUUAAAACACAUAUAGAGUUUGUAUACAUAAUCAUUCAUGUAUCAGAAUAAGGUUCGGGUGCCCUCUAUUACUAAUAAUAUUAACGAUAGAAAAAUAAAAUAAUGUAGAUUUGUUU